AUGACGGACCCCCAUUCGUUUAUUUGUGUUUUCCUGCUUCUUUGCAGCAUUAAUGGAAUAAACUCUGCUACCACCACGAGUGAAAAUCCAACGACUACUGAAACAACAGAGUCAACAGUAGAAGCAACUACAUAUAUACAUACUACAACAACAGAAACACCAACAACGAUAGAAGUACAGACAACAACAGAAGUACAGAUAACAACAGAUGUGCAGACAACAGAGCCAUCAACAACAACAACAGAUGUGCAGACAACAGGGGCACAAAUGACAACAUCUGAGACACAAACAACAACAAAUGCACCAACAACAACGGAGACAUUCACCACAACAUCAACUGAAACACCAACAACAUUAAAAGAAACAACAACAAUGGAAGCAUUAAAUACAACAGAGGCAAUGACGACGACUAAAGAUAAUCCCACAACAACAGAGACAAUGACAACAACCACCGAAAUUCCUACAACAAUCAUCAGUCACGCACAAACAACCACAACAGUAGUGACAGAGUCAUCAUCACCUAAAACAGUUGAAUCAUCCUUUACCAACACAACUGAUCUACCGACAACAACGACAUCUUCACCACAAUCAACAACUACUACAAGUGAAACAAACCAGACAACUUCUGUAUUACUUGACACGUCAACGACAAUACCUCCAACAACACAAGCGACAAGCUCGCAAAUGAAUUCAACGUCCAUGGCUGAUACCACGACAACAACCAUGAGAGCAACAAACACUGAAUCGACGACAAUGAGAGCAACGAACACUGAUUCACAAACCACCAUGUCAUCUGCAGCACCUGAUGAUAACCGAACAACAACAACAGUAAUGUCAACAACAACAAACAGAGAUACGUCAACAGAAAAUUCUACUGAUAAACCGACAACAAUAAUGUCAAGUAAUAACCAGACUGUCGUAUCUACUUCCGAUACCACGCCAACUGCUAGUAUGUCGAGCACUGUCUCUGUGCCAGACACAACGACAAAUUCAGUGGGAGUGCCGAAUGUGACUUUGAGUCCAACUGUGGUUGCCAUCCUUGGUAUGUCGGAAGACAACUCCCGCGAUGAGCCCCACAUGGUGUGCGUAUUUGCAGACCCUGGCGGUAAUCUAUUUUUUCUUGUUAAGUGGUACAUCAAUAAUCAGCUAUUAUCAACGACUACGUAUGGAGCUGUGAACCACCAGAACAUCAACACAACAGCAGCCCUCAAACCUAAGCACUGGACAGCAAACUACAGCAUGAACAUGAAUAUAAAGUGCUCAGUGCACGCGCAAUAUCUUGUAGACAGUGGCCAAGGUCUUCCCCACGAAAGUGCCAACUUCUUUGCUGGAAUAACGAUACAAGAAACAAAUAUCCAAGUCAGUGAAGGAGAUACUACACAGAUAACCCUCACAAGUUCUGUCCCUGUUGGCUGUUCAGCUUCACUCACUGCAGCUCAAAAAGAGGCUCAGUGCAAAGCUAAUUUGCAUAUAAUCACGAGUGAGUGGGACUGGUGCUGGAAUGGUGUUAAAUAUCUAGGCGUUGCAUUCCCUGACAAUGGCUGUCACGUGUCUAUCCCAUAUAAGUACUGGGACCAACCUGUGACACUAAAUGUGACUGGGUAUGUUGAUAGUGUGAAGAACUGGUGGGACAGAUAUUCAAGAGUCAAAUUUAAAUCUACGACAAAUCCAACCGAUAGAUCAGAUGCAUGGAACAACGUCACAAUCGACCAUAUUGUGUCUGUGUCUGUUUCGGAUGAAAGCUCCUAUACCUCAGGGGGAGGAAUGUGUGGGGGGUUCAAUGACCCCCACAUGGUGACAUUCGACAGGAGGUAUUGGGAGAAUCAGAGAGUUGGAGAAUUUGUUAUGUACAAACACAAAACGAAACCUUUUGCGGUGCAUGCGCUGUACUCCACCUGUUACCCGUGGCGGGCGGCAUGUAAUUGUGGGGUAGCUAUUCGGUCCGGGAAGAAUUUGUACGUAGUGAGGACAUGUAUUGAGGUCUCCUUUCAAAAAGUUAAUCUCCUCAGUUACCCGUACGAGAGAUAUGAUGGAUGUAGCCAGGAGGACGAAAUCACUGUACAAAAACUCGGCACCAAUUACAGAGUGACGUUACCUAGCGGUACCGAGGUGUCUUUCUCCUUUAAUUCAUGGUCCCAUUGGAUCAACUAUAUACAGAUCGUGGCGUCCCCGUCUGACUUUCAAAACACCGAGGGUAUAUGUGGCUACUACGAUAAUGAUUAUACCAAUGACUUCAUCCCAAAAAAUAGCAAUUCUCAUACAAGUGACGAAAAGGCAUUUGCUUUGUCUUGGAGGGUCGGCAUCGGUAAUUCAGAUAGCCUCUUUAAGAAAAAUCCUGACGUCAUUUAUGGGACUUCAUCAGGCGGCAGUACACCACAAAGCCAGGUGAGGUACUGUACGUGUUCCUCUUUUUACCAAUUCUAUGACCAGUGGUAUAACGUUCCAUUCGAUCCCAACUAUGCAACAUGUAACCUUGAAGCCCCAACGGAACCAUGCUCGGACAAGGCCGGUCAGACCGUUAACGUUUGCUCUCUGAACAGACGCAGGCGCAGUACUGCCGAUUCCGAUGACGUCAUAGAUGAAAUAGAAUUUGGAUAUGAUCCGGAAUUUAAUCCUAGCAUCGAACUUAACGUCACCGAUUGGACAAAUGGUUGGAACGAGGAAAAUGCUACACAGUUUUGUAACGAAUCCUUUACACACGAUUUGGCUGUGGUGACGUGUAUUGAAAAGGUCAACACCAGCGUGGCAAAGUACAUCAAUGGCUGCGUGGAGGACAUUAAGAUGAUAGGGAACUCGGAAUUUCUUCAGGCGACCUUGGAUACAUUGAAGAAGGAGUGCGUAACUACUGCCUCUCGAGACUCUCAGUUUAGUAACUCAACCACUGACGACGGGGGGAGUAUCCUUGACCUUCUGAGGUCAUUAGUCUGCCCUAAUAACUGUUCAGGACAAGGAGUCUGUGUCAAUGAGACAUGCAGCUGUAACACAGGUUUUAUAGGAGAGGACUGUUCUGUAGAACUAUCAACACCGCCAGCAAACAUUACAAUUCCUAAACAAGGAGUAUGUGACACUAGCGUGCGCGCGUGUCAGAAAACCAACAUCGUGGGGACGUUCUAUAGCGAGAAUAUUAUUGCCAAAUGUAGUUAUUUCAAGGCAACACCUAGCGGGAGGGAGAACUCGACCCAUGAAGUAUUCGCGGAAGUGCAGUACAGGCACAUAAACCUGAUAACGGUAACCAUUCCAAGUCCCCCGACUUCGCGCAGGCGCAAACGAUCUACCGGAGGUGACGUGCAUGGAUGGGACAUUCAGCUGAGCUACGACAACACGACGUAUGGCGAUCCUGUCGUCAUAAUGCUGUUUGACAGUACAGCUAAAUCCUGUGACACAACGACCUUCAUCUGUAUAAGCAAGGUCACAGCUGCGGAACCAGAAUCCGAAAACAAUGCUGGAAUCAUCGCUGGGGCUGUCAUCGGAGGGGUGAUCGUUAUAGCUAUCAUUGUCGGUAUUAUCAUCUACAUUAAAAUGUACAAAAGGGUCAAAGGGCGUGUGAGUGAUAGUGAGGCUGAUCUGAGGAAUAAAGAUUCAGUACCAUUGACCAGUACCUGAACAUAAUGUUAUGCUCAGCAUGGACUGCUAUGUGACGUCACAAUCAAUUACGAGUUCAUUGGUUGUAGAACUAAAUAAAAUUACACUGUUAUUACAUUGUAAUUAAUUAUAUUGAACAAUGAAUGAUUGAUAUAAAAAAAAGUCAUGUAGAUUUUUCACUUAAUGAAGAGCUUACUUUAUAUGAGCAUAUAGAAAACUAAGCUAUGUAUGUGGGUUAAUGACGAGGAAAAUUUUUUUCCGAAUUUUUUUUAGCCUAAUCUUUUUUUCAUAUUAGAGAUAAUGCUGGUUUAACGUGUACAGUUCUUUUUUUAGGGUGGGGUUAUAUUUUUUACAGAAAAAUUACCAUAAACCGUUUUAUGUGUAUAGGAAUUGUCAGUUUAAUAUUUAUCUUCUUAUCAUAGAAAAUUAUUUUUGUAUCCAAGUCUUCUGUGAUGUGAUGCUGUGAUAUCAAGUGUGACGAGAUUUUCUACUUAUAACCAGUGAUAGUAUUCACUUUUACAUGUACUUAUAUUUCAUUCAUCGAUGUCAUUGUGCCUAGAUCCGUCCUAGAGUUUGAAUCUGUGAUAAUUGUCUUAACUAUGCAUGUAUAUGAUAUGUGAGUAAUUAGCUAUAUAAAAUA